AUGAUCGGAAGUGAUUAUACUUUGGAGUUGUGCAAUGUUUUUCAUUCUGGACAGGUAGAGCCUGGCAGCUUUUUUCAGCGGUUGACUGGUGGAGUGAAAACCGGGGUCAUCCUGAAAGAUGUCUCAUUCACGACACACAGUGGGGAGGUCACAGCCAUACUGGGGUCGAAAGGUAGUGGCAAACGAGCCCUGCUGGACGUGAUAGCUCGUCGCGUGCCUUCCAAAGGCCACAUCCUGCUGGAGGGGGUGCCGCUUGAGGCUGACCACUUCAACAGCACAUGUGCGCUGGUGCGCCAUAAUACACGACUACUACCAGGACUGAGCGUGCAACAGACACUUAGCCUGUCACUUACUAAGGUUUCAGGGUACUUGAAAUCAUCGAAAGUGAAGCAAGUAAUGGCUGAUCUAGCAUUGUCGAACGUUGCUCACAAAUGCGUGACGAAUCUCACAAAGAGUGAAUAUAGAAGAUUGGUUAUUGGAGUACAACUGAUCAGAGAUCCGAUAAUUUUACUGCUUGACGAACCGACCUGGGACCUGGAUCCACUGAACACAUACCUGGUGAUAUCAAUACUGUCUAAUGCUGCGAAGAAGUACGGUACCGACAUUAUACUCACGAUGGAGAAGCCUAGAUCAGAUGUUUUCCCAUUUCUGGACCGUGUGGUGUACCUAUGUCUCGGAGACGUGGUGUACGCUGGUCCUACGAGAAACCUCCUGGACUACUUCGGAAGCAUUGGCUUCCCCUGCCCACAAUUGGAGAACCCAUUGAUGUAUUAUUUAUGCCUAUCAACGGUGGACCGAAGAUCACGCGAAAGGUUUAUAGAAUCCAACCACCAGAUAGCAGCACUGGUGGAGAAGUUCAAGCUGGAAGGCCAGGGUAUAAUGCAGGGCAAUCUGCACGAGAACAACCGCAUUGUAAAUCCUAACAAGAUACAGAUGAAUUAUGGAAAGCCGGGAGGAUUACAAGUUAUCUGGAUGCUGUAUUUGAGGCUACUAGUGUCCAUAUUCAACCUGAAGAAGAAUGGAAUGAAGCAAAUGUUCAUGAGACUCUUCAGUCUGCCGCUAUACUUCUUUAUAUUGUGGAUAUUCUACAAUGAAGCUAAGGAUUAUCAAAGAGCUUUCAUCACGAAGAGCGGUCUGAUCUUCAACGCCAUGGUGGGGACCUACUUCAUCAGUAUUAUGAACACGAUUUGUUUAUAUAGUCCGUACCGCACCCGUUACUACCAGGAGUCGCAAGAGGGUCUGUAUAGCGGUGCUAGCUUACUCCUGUCGUGGAACCUUGUCUCACUGCCGUUCUCAUUCCUCAGCACUCUUGCCUCAGCUGCUGUUAUAUACCCGAUCCUAUCAGACAUAUCAGAGAACAUGGACUUCUUGUACUUCGCGCUGGCGCUGUGGUCGUGCUACGUGUACGCUGAGCAGCAAGCUAUAGCCGUGAUGAUGUUCGUGAAGAACGGCCUCGUGGCCGGCAUCGUCAACAUAUACAUCACUUGUGUUUAUAUCAUGCUGGCUAGUGGAGUUCUGAGAUCAUACAAAGGCUUCGAAGAAUGGCUCUACUACUUGACCUACAUCACUCACACGCGAUACGCGUCAAUCUUCAUGCAUCGCAACGUGUUCAAGCAGCCCACUUUCAAUAUACUCCCGUACAAUGACCAGGAAAACUGCACAUCAACUAUAUCUAGUCUUUUACAAACUUCAUCAAGUUCUAAUACAAAUUCCAAUGCGAACUGUCGAUAUGCUAGUGGGAAAGCUUUUCUAACUGAACGAUUUACGUCCAAGAACUUCAAUGGAGAUUUUUAUACUGCUGGUGAUUUCAAUUCUGAAUUCAAUUUAGGUGUGUCAUUUGCUUUCUCCCUUGGCAUAAUGGUGUUCAACAAGUUUUUGUAUCUAAUGCCUUUGCCAAGUUAUAUCACUGAUAAGUUUAGAGAAUAA